GCAGCACAUGCACACACAUCAUUAGCGAGUGGACGAGCGAAAUGUGUGGGUGAUUUUCAUCAUAUUUAACCUUGCUAAAUGGACAUCAAAGAACUGAAAGAUCACACUGUCAGGAUGCCAUAGAGAGUCAGAUAAAUUUGGUCUUCACUGAGAGUAGUCGUGAUUUGUUUUCCUGUUGAAAAGCAGCUUAUGAAGUUUGUUGAGUAAGCGAGAACUAACUUGGCGAUUUUGCACUACAACUUUGUGUGUACAAAACUACAUGCGAAGUCGUGCACUGCACUCAGUAGGGACUCCGUACCGUAUACCGUGUGUGGGCACUUCCGUAUCUUUUGGGCUCAGGUCGGGCUCGAAAUUCUCGCUCGUUGUCGCUGAACUUUACGUCGACGCAACUGAUCAACCCAAACCUUUUGAUUGCCGGUGUUUGUGGGGCCAGUUCUGGGCCUCGAUAGGGUGGCAAAGAUGUCUCUCGCAGCGGCCAAAAUCCGUGGGAUGGUGAGCAAGCAGAAGAGGCGGUAUGUCGACGGCAACUUCGAUUUGGACUUGAGCUAUAUCUACCCCAACAUCAUUGCCAUGGGUUUCCCAGCCGAGAAACUGGAGGGAGUGUACCGAAACAACAUUGAAACUAUCGUCAGAUUUCUGGAGGAAAGGCACGGGGAACACUACAAAGUGUACAAUUUGUGUUCGGAGAGGAAUUACGAUGCGUCCAAGUUUUGCAACAGGGUGGCCAACUACCCGUUUGAUGAUCACAACCCGCCCAGAUUUGAACUCAUCAAGCCGUUCUGCGAGGACUUGGACCAAUGGCUGGCUUCGGAGAGCGACAAGAACGUCGCCGCGAUACACUGCAAAGCGGGCAAGGGACGCACUGGCGUAAUGAUCUGUGCUUACAUGCUGCACCGGGGGUUGUACAAAACGGCCGAGGAGGCCCACCAGCAUUAUGCGUCGGCUAGGACAAUGAACGGAAAGGGCGUCACGAUACCGUCGCAGAAGCGGUACGUGGAGUACUACGGCCAACUCAUCGGUAAACAGCUGGAGUACAAGCCCACCACGUUACUGCUGAGAAAGAUCCACCUGGAGACGAUACCGAUCAUCGGUGGGGGGAACUUCACCCCAUCCUUCACCGUCUUUCAGCAGAAGGUCAAGAUCUUCACCUCGCAGACUUACGACGGUGUGAAACGAGGAGUCAAGAGCAUGGAGUUCACCUUGCCCCAGCCAGUGCCAGUCUGCGGCGAUAUCAAGAUAGAAUUCUACCACAGACACAACAUGAUCAAGAAGGAUAAGCUGUACCAUUUCUGGUUCAACACGUUCUUCGUGCCGAGGUGCAAGGACGUGGGGGCGGACUCCAACGGGCGGAGACCGUACCUGCCAGACGACCUCAGCCAGCUCAGCUCCCGCUACACAAGGGUCCUGUCGCUGAGGAAAGACGAAGUGGACAAGGCCAACAAGGACAAGACCAACAAGUCGUUCUCUCCAAAUUUCAUUGUAACGUGUAUAUUCAGCGACGUGGCCGGCGAGAAAACGCGACGGACGUCGGCCGACAGCGGUCAGUCGUCGGGCACGGGAAGUGACCACAGCGACACAGAAGACAUCUCGGACACCGACUCCGAGUCCGAGUGGAACCCGGCCGAUAUCACCCGCGUAUGAUGGCCCCGUUAGAGGAAGUGACGUCGCCCCCACCCCUCUCGAGUUGGCAGGCAAAACUGGAGGAGGGUUUGAGGAGCGCAUCGUUGCGACAAUAGAGGGCCUCAUGGUGCGAGAGAUUGAGUCUGUGAGACGGUAUUCAUCAGGGUACAAUUUUUUUAAUUUUUUUUA